UCGGCAGAGUUAGCUGUGAGGUUUCAUGUGAAACCUUUUGCGCUGUGAGCUAAAUAUCGCAGCUUUUGUUGUUGUUGGUUCAUUUUACCAUCUGUGGGACCUAUUUCUCCAGGAACCGAACAUUAGCUUAAAGGCUUCAGGCCUUCCACGGCAUCAUGUCAGUGAUUACCUGGGAGGUCGAUGCAGAUCACGUCCUCAUCAGCAAGCAGAAGAGCUCACUUCUUGACCAAGAUAUUCCAAACUGUGUGCGAAUAAAAGAGGAACAGGAAGAACCAGAACCUGAGAGUGAGACAGAAGAACCAGAACCUGAGGUGAUCAAAGAAGAACAGAUUGAGCAGUGCAUCUUUCAGGAUGAAGAGCGGCUUAUGGUGAAGCAGGAGACCAGCACCUCUAUAAAACCUGCUGCUAAUGAGGAGACCUUCCACCAUGGACCAGAACCGCAGCACAUAAAGGAGACAAAGCAGGAACCCGGAUCGGUCCAGAUUAAAGAGGAACAGCAGUUCUGUGACCUUCAGGAUGGAGAACAGCCUUACGUCUUUGAAUUUGGUGAUUCCAUCUCCAUGCAGGACAACGACAUGAAAAGUCCUGCAGAUGAGAAGCCUUUCUCUUGCCUGACGUGUGGGAGAGGUUUUAACAAACAGUACAACUUGACUGUCCACAUGAGAACUCAUACGGGCGAGAAGCCGUAUCCAUGUGAGCUGUGUGAUAAAUCCUUCCGCAGGAGUAAUGAUUUGGUCCGUCACAUCAGAACUCACACGGGUGAGACUCCGUAUUCUUGUCAGUUUUGUGGUAAAUCCUUUAAUGACAACAGUCACUUAACAAUUCACCUGAGAACCCACACAGGGGAGAAGCCCUAUUCCUGCGAAGUGUGUGGAAAAUCUUUGACCGACAGCAGUCAUCUGAUCAAACACAUGAGAACUCACACGGUUGAAAAGCCUUUUCCAUGCCUUACCUGUGGGAAAGGAUUCACAGCACAGUCGGACCUCACCAUCCACAUGCGAACCCACACAGGGGAGAAGCCCUUCACCUGUCUGGUCUGUGGUAAAGGUUUCAUCCAGAAAACCACCCUUAGUUAUCACAUGAGAACACACACCGGCGAGAAGCCUUUUCCAUGUGAGCUGUGUGACAAAUCCUUCAUUCAAAGCAGUGAUCUGUCUCGUCACCUUCGAACUCACACCGGGGAGAAGCCCUAUUCCUGUGAACUCUGCGAUAAAUCUUUCAGACAGAGUAGUGAUCUGGCGCGUCAUAUUAGAACCCACACAGGCGAGAAGCCGUUCUCCUGUGGAACGUGUGGAAAAGGUUUCACCAAGCAGAACAAUUUGACUGUUCACAUGAGAAUUCAUACAGGCGAGAAACCAUAUUCCUGUGAACACUGUGGUGAAUCAUUCACAGUCAAGUUUAGUCUGACCAGACACAAAUGUAAAAACAAUAACCAGGAAGUUUUCCAGCAGUAGAACCGUUCUUUAUGACUAGAGGCCAAAAUGGCUAAUGGUUGAAUGUGGACUCUAGGAAUUGACUGGAACUGGUUCCAACCUCUUGUUUCUCCUUGAAUAGUUCAGAUUAAAUCACUCUGAUUCCUAAUUUUGAAGCCCAGUCUGAAAACUAAAAGAACAGAAGAAGAAUCGAUCCGAUUGGCUGGGUAGCCAUCUGUUUCUGCAGCGGUAUUAAAGCGUGACUUAAAGGUAAUAAAAUGACCCGUUGGCUAUGUACAACACUGUAAUAUGAUUAUAUCAGGCUAAAGACGGGGACCACCAUGAUGAAACACUU